AUGGCCAGACAGGUCGUGUCCCCCAUACUUUCAGUUCAUCCGCUACGUUGCCUUGUGGAUGCAAUGUUCGAGGUAGAGGUUAAGCAUUUACCCCCUGCUCAUCAGUGUACUCUGCAUUCACUUAUUCAUUCUGAGGAUGGAGACUUUUGGGAAGCUUAUGGACACUACAUCAGUGAUGCAUCAGGGACUGCCAAAGUAUCUACAAAUGCCAGUCUUGGUGGAUCUUACAGCGGAGUUGAACCCAUGGGUCUGCUCUGGAGUAUGAAACCUGUUCCUGGAAGCAGACCAGGCCUCAGAUUUCGCAAAAAGGAUGUCUACAAGCCGACAGAUGUGAAAAUAUCUGUUUAUGAGGGCCACCUAACUAAAGGAUUCCAGGAGAAAUCUCCCUUAGCCUCUGUUGUGGCAGAGCGGUGGUACACAACUCCUGGAAUCAGAAGGGUUGAUGUCACAGAGAAAGGAUUAAAGGGGACCCUUUUCAUCCCCCCAGGUCCCGGUCCUUUUCCUGGCAUACUGGACCUCUGGGGUGGAGGAGGAGGAGGCCUAGUGGAGUAUCGCUCUGCUCUCCUAGCCUCCCGAGGCUAUGUCUCUUUUUCUUUAGACUAUAUUGGGAGAGUAGAUACUAAUGGACAACCCUACAAUGUGGACAAUGAAUACUUUGAGGCUGCCUACACUGUGCUAAACCAGCACCCCCAGGUCUGCCCAGAAAGAGUUGCUGUGCUGGGUUUGUCUUUUGGUGUGUCUGUGGCCCUGGGUAUGACAGCAUACUCCUCAGUGAUACAGCCCCGGUGUGUGGUCUGUGUUAGCGGAAGCCAUGUUAUGCCUGUAAAGGGAUCACUGGCUGAUGUCUUUUCUGCAAUCAAAAAAAAUGUCAAGAACACUCGUUAUGAUGACCAAAAGAGAAUCAUCUGGCGAGAUGUACUGCUACCAAUACCAGAUGACACUUCAAAGAAAGUUGAAAUGGGUCGUAUAAAAUGUCCUGUUUUAUUGAUUGUUGGUGAAGAUGAUCAGAACUGGCCAGCAUCAGAGUCUGCAGAGGAUAUGAAGCAGAUGAUGGAUAAAGCUGGAAAUAGUCACCUGUUAACUAUCCUCUCUUACCCUGGAGCCGGCCAUCUGAUUGAGCCCCCCUACAGUCCUCACACACGUUCCAGUAACUUCAAGCUGUUAGAAGUUAGACCUACAGUGGUGAUGCUUUGGGGUGGACAGAUGGAGCCUCAUAGUCAAGCUCAGGAAGACUCUUGGCACAAAACUUUGGCUUUUCUGGAGCAGCACCUUUACAAACCUUAAGCAAACCAAAUGCUCUGUAAAUCACAUUGCCAUCUGAAGCAUGUGUGUCUGUGUAUAUAAACACAGUGCCUUGUUAAGUAUUUAACCCUCCUCUGAUUUUUUGUAUAAACCUAUAAAGAACAAUUUGUUAAAGUGGUUAAAAAUAAUAAAUACUUCGUAGAACCACCUUUGCCUCCAGUUAAGCAUCUCCUUUGGGGUCAAACUCUACCAGCUGCCUUGUCUUGUGUCUGUAUCUGUUACUGUAUUGAGUCAAAAUCCCAAAAAGACCAUUAAACAGUUACAGCUCAUUCAGAACGCUGCUGCUAGAGUUUUAACUAAGACGAAGAGAACUGAGCACAUCACUCCAGUUCUAAAAUCUCUACACUGGCUUUCGGUUAGUUACAGAAUAGAAUUUAAAGUGCUGCUACUGGUCUAUAAAUCACUGAAUGGGUUUGGCCCAGAAUACAUCUCAGAAAUGUUUAGAGAAUAUAAACUCUUAGAUCCAUGGACUCAGGUCAGCUAGUUGAGCCCAGACUCCAAACUAAACACGGUGAAGCAGCAUUUAGCUGUUGGGCUGCAUAUAACUGGAACAGACUGCCAGGAGAUAUUAGAUGUUCCGCAAAUGUAGAAAUGUUUAAAUCCAGGUUAAAAACUUUUCUUUUUUCUUGUGCCUAUGAUUGAGCUCGACAUUUUUGCUAUUACCCUAUUUCUUUUAGUUUUUCAUGCUCUUAAUAAUUCUUUUUAUAGAGUAUUGUACUUUCUAAAUUGUAGUGUAUAUUUUACUAUAUUUUCUUUUAGUUUUCAUGUUUUAAUUGCUUAUCUCUCGUUUUAAUUUCGUAUUUUCCAAAUUGUAGGGUAUAUUUUACAAUAUUUUCUUUUAAUUUUUCACGUUCUUAAUUUUUUAUCUCUCGUUUGAAUUUCAUAUUCUCUUAAUUGUAACUAAAUGUUUGCAAGAUGUCUUUCUGAGAUUCUAGAUCUCAGGAAUGUUUUAAUGCUUUUAAUUAAUUUUUUUUCCUUAUGUAAAGCACUUUGAAUUGCCACUGUGUAUGAAAGGUGCUAUACAAAUAAACUUGCCUUGCCUAAACACUUAAGCUGACUUGUACCUAUUUACUAACAUUUUUUUUCCAUUUCCAAAAAAAAAACUAAAAA